AUGGCUGGGAAACAAGUUAAAAGUAACAAAGUAGCAAAGAAAUCACAACCAAAAGUGAAUAAAAAGAUACAGAAGAAGGUAGAGGAACCAAAAGAAGAAACACCAGUCGAACAAGAAGUAGCAGAAGAACAACAAGAUUUAGAAGUACCAGAAUCAUCAUCAUCAUCAGAAUCAGAAUCAGAAUCAGACUCCGGAUCAGAAGAAGAACACAUUUCAGAUGACGAUAUUGAAUCUGAAGAUAUCUACGGUUUAAGUGAUGAUGAAGCAGAAACUAAGUCAGGUCAUACCAUAAACAAAAAAAUAACCAAAGCAGAUUCAAAUAAAAAAUCAAAAAAAUCAAAAAAGUCAAGUGAUAAAACAGGUAUAAUAUAUAUUGGUAGAUUACCUUCACGUUUCCAAGAAUCAGAAUUAAAAACUUAUUUUUCACAAUUUGGAGAUAUUAUAAAUUUAAGACUUUCAAGAAAUAAAAAAACUGGUAAUUCAAAACAUUAUGGAUAUAUUGAAUUUGAAUCAUUUGAAGUUGCUAAAAUUGCUAGUGAAACAAUGGAUAAUUAUUUAUUAUUUGGACAUUUAAUUAAAUGUAAAGUAGUAGAAGAAGUCCAUAAGGAUUUAUUUAAAAAUGGUAAUAAGAAAUUUAAAAUUAUACCAUGGAAGAAAAUAUCAAAAGAUAAAUACGAAAAACCAAAAACUAAAAAAGAAUGGGAAAUUAUAGUUAAAAAAUUUGAAUUACUGAAAAAGAAUAAACAAGAAGAAUUGAAAUCAAAGGGAAUUGAUUUUGAUUUUGAUUUUGAUUUAAAGAAUAUAUAA